AAAUUCGCUAACCCGUUUUCAUGCACUUGCAAGGUUUUACACCGGGGACUAGAACACGGCCCUAGUACUACGAGUACAGGAGUACAGGACACACAGCAAUGCUGUCAAUGCUGAAGGAACGCCAUCAGUCAGGCAGUCCUACACCCAUCACGUCCCACUUCCAGCUGUGUUUUCAUCAGUGGCAAGAGAGAGAGAGAGUGAGGGAGGGAGGAGCAAACACCACACAGUCAGAGAGAAGGCAGGAGAUCAAUCAAUGUGUUACCAGCCGAGCUGAGCUGAUCACCUUUCUGCUCCGGCCACACCCCCCACCGUCCCGUUCUCUCUCACAACAAUCACUCUCCUCAGAUCUCACAGCCGAAAAGAGAGGAGCUUUAACCGCCGUCUAAGGUCACAGGUACAGGAAGCCAUGACCAGGCGGUGGCCACCUUUCUCUGCCCGUGUCGCCGCCGCCGUGUUCCUGCUGCUGCUAUCCCCCGCCGCGACCUCCCAGCUCGGCCUGGGCCCCGCCAUUGCCGCCUGGAUUAACGGCUCGCCGCCGCCUAGCCCUGACGCCGCCGCCGCCGCCGCCGCCGCCGCCUCGGGCCCGCGGAGCCAGGAGUACGCGGCGCUGCAGGCGCUGAAGGUGGCCGUCACCGACGACCCCAAGGGAGCGCUCGCGUCGUGGCAGGGCGCCAAUGUGUGCGCCUACAAGGGCGUGUACUGCUCCGCGCCGCCCGACGGCGCCGCGGCCGCCGGCGCGUCGACGGUAGUCGCGGGCAUCGACCUCAACCGCGCCAACCUCAGGGGCACGCUCCCCGACGCGGUGUCCCUCCUGGCGCACCUCACCUUCCUCCACCUCAACAGCAACCGGCUCGGGGGCGCCGUCCCCGACACGCUCCGGGACCUGCAGUACCUGACGGAGCUGGACCUGAGCAACAACCUCUUCUCGGGCCCGUUCCCGGCGUCCACGCUGCUCAUCCCGUCGCUGGUGUACCUGGACCUCCGCUUCAACGCCUUCUCCGGGGAGGUCCCGCCCGAGGUGUUCGCCAAGGAGCUGGACGCCGUGUUCCUCAACGACAACCAGUUCGAGGGCCAGAUCCCGGACACGCUGUGGGCGUCGCCCGCCACGGUCAUCACGCUGGCCAACAACCACUUCACCGGCGCCGUCCCGGCGGCCUACGAGUUCGGCGCCGGCGCCGGGGCCGGGGCCGGUGGCCGGGUCCGCGAGGUGCUGUUCCUGAACAACAACCUGACCGGCUGCGUGCCCGAGGCGCUGGGCUUCCUCCCCAGCAUGCAGGUGCUGGACCUCAGCUACAACGCGCUGUCGGGACACCUCCCGGGGACGCUCUCGUGCCUGUCGGGGAUCGAGGUGCUCAACCUCGCGCACAACCAGCUCACGGGCGAGCUCCCGGACCUGCUGUGCGACCUGCGCCGGAUCACCAACCUGUCCGUGUCCUUCAACUUCUUCUCCGGGAUCAGCCAGCGCUGCGACCGGCAGCUGGGGAGCCGCGGCGUGUUCGACUUCGUGGGCAACUGCGUGCCCGGGCGGGACAUGCAGCGGCCGCAGCCCGAGUGCGACGAGUUCCCGGGGGAAGGCGGCCUCAGCUGCCUCCGCAUCCCCGGGGCGCGGCCAGCCGGGUGUGGCGACGCGGGCGUCACUAUUGGCGUGGGCGUCGGAGUGGGCAUCGGGGGGCUGCCGUUCGGGUUGCCAGGCGCUGCCGCUGGAGGCGUGGUCACCGUCACCGUGCCGUGAGCUGCCGGGGGCACUGCACCUUUGUUUGGUUUUCUUUUUUUUUUUCUUUCUCUUCUUCCUUUUGGGCGGCAAUUACCUUCCAUUCGGCUCGGCGUAACGUACGCAUCGAUGGUAAUGGGUGAACAUUGGUUGGUUCUCGGCUGGUUAAUACUCCUGCUACUGUAGUAUAAUUUCGCCAUAGUGUAUGCUUGUUUGAUCAA